UUUAGUUUCGACACAUCCUCUUGCCCUAAGCUGUGGCAAAAAUAUUGACAUAAAAGGUUUACAUAAAUUAUCCACCAUUUAAACGACUCCUUUCCUUUCCUUUCCUUUUUGUUUUUGUUUGUUUUCUCUUGAAACACACAUAGCCCCCGUCUCUUCAAAAAUGAUGGAUUUGUGAGUCAUUUUAUUUUUUUUAUACUAUAAAAGUAAAAGGCGAAAGCUUCACUUGGAUCAGUUUGUUAGAACGGGGCUUUUUAAGUAUUGUGAGAAUAAAGCUACUUGGAGGUUCUUUGUAUGUAAAUAGGGUGUAAAAAAGGCCCUCCCCGUCUUUGUAAUUAAUUGACACGUUAUACCACUCAUCAUGCUCUGAAGCACCAAUGGUAGAGGCUCGGAUCUCCCCAAAACCCACAAUUUCACAUCUGCAAACACUGUCUUCAUCCACUUGACUCCUAAGACCCGCCCACACGUGGCCAACCUUUCGCGUUUUUUAAUGCUUUUUCACUGCAGGUUCAUGUGUUGAGACCAACCUUAUAUGGACUGAUCAGGACAAGUUUUGUUUUUCUAUUCUCACAACAGCGGAUUGUUACGGGGGAAAAAAAAAAGCUGCCGCAAGCAACUUUUCCCUGCAUAUUUCCCCCCCUACCAGAAUAUGUCGUUGACCAACACAAAGACGGGCUUUUCUGUAAAGGACAUUUUGGACCUUCCUGACACGAAUGACGAGGACGGAUCUAUCACCGGAGCGGAAGAAGACACGGAGGGAUCAGAGACUGCAUCCACGACGAAAAACGGUGGAGUUUUGGUGCAAAGUCCUCUAGAAAACGUUCAAAAUCUACCUUUAAAGAACCCCUUUUAUGACAGUACUGACAAUCCCUACACGCGAUGGCUUGCUACUACGGACAGUAUUCAAUAUUCAUUGUUUCUCCCGUUUCUUGUCGCAGUGCACGGUUUGUCCGCCAGCUCUCAGGACUCGGCCAAGUCUCCGGAGCCGUCUGCGGACGACGAAUCCCCCGACAACGACAAGGAAACCUCCAGCAGCGGCGGCAGCGACUCGGGCAAGAAGCGGAAAAGGAGGGUGCUGUUCUCCAAGGCGCAAACCUAUGAGUUGGAGCGCCGCUUCAGGCAACAGAGGUACCUGUCCGCCCCAGAGAGGGAGCACUUGGCGAGCCUCAUCCGUCUCACCCCGACCCAGGUGAAGAUCUGGUUCCAGAACCACCGGUAUAAGAUGAAGAGAGCCCGGGCCGAGAAAGGUAUGGAAGUGACCCACCUCCCUUCUCCUCGGCGGGUGGCCGUGCCCGUCUUAGUCAGGGAUGGGAAGCCUUGUCACACUCUUAAAGCUCAGGACUUGGCGGCCACUUUUCAGGCCGGGAUUCCCUUCUCGGCGUAUAGCGCUCAGUCGCUCCAACACAUGCAGUAUAACGCGCAGUACGGCGCCGCGGCCACACCGCAGUUCCCCUCAGCACAUCACUUGGUGCAAACGCAACAGUGGACUUGGUGAGAAAAAAAUUAUAGAGACUUGGUUUGGAGGGUGGGCUGUAGGGUGUUUCACCGCAAAGAAAGGAAGGAAGGAAGAAAGAAAAAAAAAUAAAGAAAAAAACAAAAAAGACUUUUCAUUUUUGCAGCUUGACUCAUAUAUAUACUACUACCAUUUUUAUUCGGGGCUCAUGUGUGCGCCGUGUUUACAUGUUUUCGUUAAGAGAACUGGGUCCAAACCUCUCCCUUAUAGAUUUUAUUAAGAAAUGUCAAUGCUCUUCUUGUGACAUAUUUUUGUUUUUUUUGUAAAGUAUGUUGUGUGUUGGUUGUAGAGAUGUUUUACUUUUUAUUUUUAUGUUCCUCCCCACCCCCUUUUGUCCCUUCGUGUUAUUAUCAGCACGUGCGAACCACUUUAUAAUUAUAGAAAAUUUUUAAUUUCUUGCUUCUUUUAUGGACCGAAAAAAAAAAUAUUUAUGGCCAUGAAUAAAAACUGGCAAGUUUUCAGCCUUUUUUGUUUUUCUUCCUUGUAAAUAUUUGCAGUCAGGUGGUGCAUUUGGAUGCAGCUCGGGAUUUAAAUUUCCAAAUUUUUAUUUUUUUGCGAACAUGUUGUGAGAUGUGUAAAAUAAUCCGUGCUGACGCCGCAGUUAAAAUGGACAAAUAUCUUCAUUUUUAAAGUAAUAACUUUUAAAUAAAAAUAUGACUGAAAUGAG